GGGCGGCGCGGGGGGGGUGGGAAGAUGGCGGAGGCUUCCCCGCAGCCGGGCCGCUUCUUCUGCCACUGCUGUUCGGCCGAGAUCGCUCCCCGUUUGCCCGUGAGUCGGAGGAGGCGCGGGUGCGGCCAAGACGGGGUCGGGGGAACCGUAGGGCAGCGCUGGGGCGGGCAGAGCCCCGCGGGACGGGCACGUGGGGAUGAGGCCUGGGGGGCCGGGCCGGGCCGGGGCCGAGGGGCGGUGGGGACUGCGGCGACUGGGGGGCGCUGAGCGGGAGGGGGAGGCGGAGGCGGAGGCCGCGGGGCCGGGCGGGCGGGUCCGAGGAACGCCGCUGCCUUCCCGCGUUCCUUCCUCUUCCCUUCCCCCUUCCUUCCGAAGGACCCGGCCGCCCCCCGCCGUUCCGUGGCUCCGCGUUGGGCCCGCUGAGCUGAGCGAGGCCUCGGGCUGUGCCGCUUCGGCCGGGGCCUCUCGGGGCCUUUCCGGGGCCUCUGCCGGGGGUACGGGCCUACCCGUGCUGUGGCGCUGAGGCACCGGCGGUGCGGGGGUGGCGGAGGCCGGGGCAGGCGGAGGGUGAGCUCUGCACGCAGCCCGGCGCUGCUGCGGCAGCCGACGUGGGACUGCUUCGCACACCGGGCUGCUCAGCUGCCGAAGGUUGGCUUUGAUUCGAGGAUCCCACGGGUGUUACUGAGUCUGUCCUGAAACGUUUCGUAGCGUCUCGUCAGAAUUAAGGCGUCGCUUUUGCUUUUUUUUAAUCGUUCCUUGCGUUCUAAAAGUCGCCACCCUCGUGCCUGUAUGGUGUUUACUUACCGUGGUUGCUUCGAUUGGGACUACAUUUGCCCACGGUGUGAAUCUGGUUUUAUUGAAGAACUUCCUGAAGAGCCAAGGAACACCGAGAAUGAAACUAGCUCCUCUGCAUCAACCAGUGAUCAGAAUAGGCAUCCUUUUGAGAACGUGGAUCAGCACUUGUUCACUUUGCCGCAGGGCUAUGGCCAGUUUGCCUUUGGGAUUUUCGAUGAUGGCUUUGAGAUUCCAUUUGGGUCCAAUGUGCAGUCAGAAGACAACAGAGACUCUGAGAACCGGAGGGAGAGAGAGCAUCAGUCCCGGCACCGGUAUGGUGCGAGGCAGCCCCGGGCUCGUCUCGCCACACGGCGUGCUGCUGGCAGGCACGAGGGUGUUCCCACACUGGAGGGAAUCAUUCAGCAGUUGGUCAAUGGUAUUAUUGCACCUACAACAAUACCAAACUUAGGACUUGGUCCUUGGGGAGUCUUGCAUUCAAAUCCAAUGGACUAUGCCUGGGGUGCUAACGGCCUGGAUGCAAUUAUUACACAGCUACUAAAUCAGUUUGAAAACACUGGACCACCGCCAGCAGACAAAGAAAAGAUCCAGGCCCUCCCCACGGUACAGAUCACACAGGAACACGUAGAUUCUGGGUUAGAGUGCCCUGUGUGUAAAGAAGACUAUACAGUGGGGGAGAAUGUCCGACAGUUACCUUGCAAUCACCUAUUCCACAACAGCUGUAUAGUCCCUUGGCUGGAGCAGCAUGACACGUGUCCUGUGUGCCGGAAGAGCCUAAGUGGACAAAACACUGCUACAAACCCCCCUGGACUCACAGGGAUGAACUUCUCAUCAUCAUCCUCCUCCUCUUCUUCCAGCUCACCAAGUAACGAAAACUCAUCGAACAACUCAUGAAUCUUAAUCCAACCCUCUGUCCCUGGGGCCCUGUCUGUCCAUUGUCCUCCUUCCCUCCCCAGCCAACAUAAGCAGCAAAAGGGGCUUCCAGAGCAGAGCGAGGGGAGGGUAGCAAGGGGGAAGCAGCACCCCCAGAAUUCCCUUUUGAGUUCUGAAGACAUGGAGACUCUGGAUCCUUCAGAGAUGAGAAGCCUCAAGUUCUGUCACGGGGAAAGAGCUCUGUCUGUUAAUAAAAUUCAUCCCUUUGCCACGUGGACUUUUAACAGUUGCAGUGAAAGGCUGCAGUGCUCUACAGGUGGGAAACCUAAGGCACUGAGCUAGUGGUUGCAAUUCUGAAUGGAAAGGUUGUUUGUAAGGUUUUGAAUUUGAGAUUCCUUUUUUUUAAUAAUAAUUAUUAUUAUUAUUAUUAUUGCUUUUCCUCCUCCUCCUCCUCCCCUUAGAUACUAUCUCUUCUGCUUUGGAGAUUGAAAUCUGAAAAAUGAAAGCAUAAUGAUACUGCCUCCCUCCCAGGAUCUUCACCUGGGGAGGGCAAAUAGUUGUCACUGAGCAAAUGAACUCUUGAAACAGACCCUAUUAUCCUUUCCUUCCCCCCCUCCUCCAUCUCGAGUCCCAUUUAUUUUUCUUUACAACCUUGCCCUUCUGAUACUCGACACUGAAAGGGGGUUUUUAUAAUUUUAAAUUAUUACUGCUGUUUAAAUAAAUGGACGUUUCAGCUCAA